GUCAAAAGCCAUUACCCGCCGGAUUUGUGUUUUUUUGUUUUGAUUUUCUUGUUUUCUGAUAAUCGAGAUUUGCAACCCUUUUUGCAAUUUUAUUGAGAAAUUUGUGCAAGAAAUUUGUGCCUUUGAACACCGUAAAAUGGCUCGCCAGCUGACCAAACUUGGCUACCUCGACGUUAAGAAGACGUUGUUCAUGCUGUGCGAUCUGCAGGAUAAGUUCCGGCCGGGCAUGAAGAUGUUCGAUCCCGUGAUAAAAAACACCAGCAAACUGCUACAAGCCGGUAAAAUCCUGGACGUACCGCUUAUCGUCACCGAACACUAUCCCGAGAAGUUGGGUCGUAUCGUAAAAGAUCUGGACAUUUCGCACGCCAAGGGGGUAUUCCCGAAGACUCUGUUCAGUAUGAUGAUCCCCGAUGUACAGCGGCGUAUCGAGGAGCUGUACGGCCGUGAAGGACCCGAAACGGUGGUACUGUUUGGUCUCGAGUCGCACAUCUGUCUCGAGCAGACGGCCAUGGAUUUGCUUAGCCAGGGAUACACCGUACAUGUGGCGGCCGAUUGUUCCGUGUCGCGUACGCAAGAAGACCGCAAGCUGGCCCUCGAGCGUCUGCAACAGUACGGGUGCUUCGUCACGACGAGCGAAAACAUUAUCUUCAAGCUGAUGCGCGAUAAGCAGCACCCGGCGUUCGAUAAGGUGCGCCAUCUCGUCCGCGAUCCCUCGGUCGACACGGAGCUAGCCAAACUGUGAGAGCGUAACGGAAUGAUUAUUGAAACGAUUGACCCAAAAGGUGACGGAAACAGGAACUAGUAAUAAGUAGUGCGGCUCCAAGAGCCAAGAGCAAGGGACUCUGUGAACUGCAUUUUAUGUUUCGGAAACAACUGUUACAAACAAAAUGUUAUUAAAAGUAAAGUGAAGCACGGCAA